UCACAAACACAGACUCAUUCUUUCUUUCUUUCUUUGUUUCUGUUUCUCCCACUCAAACCCUUUGAUCACAAACUCCAAAUUCAUCCCACAAACACCCAAUUCAAUUCAUUUCAAUCACCUCAACCAAUCACAACCACCUAAAUCAAUCAAUCAGAUCAAAUUCGAACAAUGGGAAAAGGCGGAUCACUAAGCGAAGGCGUAUUAAAAAACAUAAUCCUCUCCUACACCUACGUAACCAUCUGGAUCUUCCUCAGUUUCACCGUAAUCAUCUACAACAAAUUCAUCCUCGACCGCAAAAUGUACAACUGGCCCUUCCCAAUCUCCCUCACCAUGAUCCACAUGUGUUUCUGUUCUUCGAUCGCCUUUUUUCUCGUCACAAUUUUAAAAAUGGUGGAGCCCGUUCAAAUGACCCGCGAUAUUUAUUUCAAAUCCGUCGUACCCAUCGGGUUGCUUUACUCUAUCAGCUUAUGGCUGUCGAAUUCGGCGUACAUUUACUUAUCCGUUUCGUUUAUUCAAAUGCUCAAGGCGUUAAUGCCUGUUGCGGUUUACUCAAUUGGAGUUUUGUUUAAGAAAGAAGGGUUUAAAUCGCAAACCAUGGUUAAUAUGUCGUCCAUUUCGUUUGGUGUGGCGAUUGCUGCGUACGGUGAGGCGAGGUUUAAUACAUGGGGGGUUAUGUUGCAGCUUGGUGCGGUGGUUUUUGAAGCGACUAGACUCGUUUUGAUUCAAAUUUUGUUGACGAGUAAAGGGAUUACGUUUAAUCCCAUUACGUCGUUGUACUAUGUUGCGCCGUGUUGUCUUGUGUUUUUAACUAUACCUUGGGUUAUUGUUGAGGUUCCGAGGUUAAGAGAGAUGUCGAAUUUUGAAUUGGAUUUUGUGGUUUUUGGGACGAAUUCUUUUUGUGCGUUUGCUUUGAAUCUCGCGGUGUUUUUGCUUGUUGGGAAGACGUCGGCUUUGACUAUGAAUGUCGCGGGUGUGGUUAAAGAUUGGUUGUUGAUCGCGUUUUCUUGGUCUGUGAUUAAGGAUACGGUUACACCGGUUAAUUUGUUUGGGUAUGGGAUUGCUUUUUUGGGUGUUGCUUAUUAUAAUCAUGCGAAGUUGCAAGCGCUUAAGGCGAAAGAAGCCGAAAAGAAGGUUGUUGAAGAGGCUGGGAAGCUUUUGGAGGAAAAUAGAGGUGAUGAUGGAUCAAGGAAGAAUGAGUCAAGUUCUUAGAUUUGAUGCAAUUUUGUUAUGUUUUGAUUUGGUUACAAAUUUUGGUCUUUGUUGAUGUUGUUAGAGGACAUUGUGUGAAGAGUUUUGUAAUGAUUUUAAUCCCAACAUGA